AUGGCUACCAUACUUCCCGGAAAGCCUCUAACGGCUCUUGCACGAUGCACUCGGCCAACGAGCAAUGUGAAUACCUCGAUGACGCUGCGCUUUAACUCAACAUUGCAAGCACACGCACAAGCACACGCACAAGUCAAGACUGCUCCGAGCUCCACACUACCACCCCUCUCUGCUUUACCGACACGUGUCUUGCUCAGGUCUUUGCUGGUCUCCACGAUAUCGUCCAAGAGAUUCCUUCUCAUCCCCGCGCUUUCGUUGAUGUCCUUCCUCUCUAAGCCUAACAGAAUCUGGCUAUUCGACGUGGAUCGGAAUCCGCUCUUGCAUGGAGUAUUAAAGAAAACAUUCUACAACCAAUUCUGCGCUGGAGAGAAUGGAGCAGAAUGCAGAACCACUAUCAAGGAAAUGAAAGACAUGGGCUUCCGCGGUAUGAUCUUGACAUAUGCCGCCGAGACUGUGUUCGAUCAUAGUACCCAGGCACAGCAUGGACAGGGUGUUGCUUCUUUGAAAAGCGAGCAUGGGGCUGCUUCCAUCGAUCCUAGCAUCGAAGCUUGGCGGGAAGGGACGGUUGAGACCAUCUACAUGACAGAGGCAGAAGAUUACCUCGCAGUCAAAUUGACAGGCGCUGGCGUCAAAGUCACCAAGGCUUUCGCCGCUGGAGAGCUGCCCCCGCAGCAAAUGAUGGAUGCACUGCAUGAGGUCUGCACCAAGGCCAAAGAUCGAAAGGUUCGCAUCCUCGUCGAUGCCGAGUCUCAGCAUUUCCAAAAAGGCAUUGCACGAGUUGCUGUCGAACUCAUGCGCACAUACAAUCGUGACGGUUAUUCCACCAUCUACAAUACCUACCAGGCCUACCUCAAAAGCACACCGGCGACACUAGCCAACCAUCUCGCUGUGGCAAAGGAAGAUGGAUUCACUCUCGGUCUCAAGCUCGUGAGGGGCGCCUACAUGGCCACGGAUGAACGGUCCCUGAUCCACGACACGAAGGAAGACACCGAUAACGCAUAUAAUAUGAUUGCCCAGGGGGCGCUGAGGAAGAAUAUUGGAGAAUUUGGAGAUAAGGGCACCCGUGAAUUCCCCUCGGUGAAUCUCUUCCUGGCAAGUCAUAACAAGGAGAGCGUGGUGGCUGCCCACGAGCUUCACAAGUACCGCGUCAUGUCUGGCCUGCCUACCGUGCCUGUGCGCUUCGCCCAGCUCCAUGGUAUGUCCGAUGAAGUUAGCUUUUCGCUGCUUCAGAUGAAUGAUGGCGAUGGAACACCGGAAGUUUAUAAAUGCUCCACUUGGGGAGGUAUGGGUGAAUGCCUGGCUUAUCUUCUUCGUCGGGCAAUUGAGAAUCGUGACGCUGUUCUGCGGACGGAUAAUGAGUAUCGGGCUUUGAAGACGGAGGUUUUCCGCAGAGUGAAAUCGGUAUUCUCUCUUGCGCCAUCUUCAUAG